AAAGGCCAGCAGUCACUACACUCUGGAAUUGGGAAGACAUUUUCAUGUGUGUCUCUCAGCCGAUGAUGAGGGUAUCAGAGCCGAUACUGGACAUGGACAUGGGAAAUUACAGUGAAGUUCUGGACCCAACAUAUACAACUUUGGAGUUUGACACUAUGCAGAUUCUGUAUAAUUCCAAUGACAGCUCUGCCCCAGAGACAACAAGUAUGAAUACCACAGACAAUGGUGUCAACUGUCUAUGUGCCAUAUGUGGGGACAGAGCAACAGGAAAGCACUAUGGAGCAUCAAGCUGUGAUGGGUGCAAAGGCUUCUUCCGGCGCAGCAUUCGCAAGAGUCAUGUGUAUUCCUGCAGGUUCAGUCGCCAAUGUGUUGUUGACAAGGACAAAAGGAAUCAAUGUAGAUACUGCCGAUUAAGAAAGUGUUUCAGAGCAGGAAUGAAAAAAGAAGCUGUGCAAAAUGAGCGGGACAGAAUAAGCACCAGGAGAAGCACAUUUGACGGAAGCAACAUUCCCUCCAUCAACACUCUGGCACAAGCUGAAAUUCGCUCUCGCCAGAUUUCAGUCUCAAGUCCAGGGGCAAGUUCUGACAUAAAUGUAAAGAAAAUUGCAAGCAUUGGUGAUGUCUGUGAGUCUAUGAAACAGCAGCUCUUGGUCUUGGUGGAAUGGGCCAAGUAUAUUCCUGCCUUCUGCGAAUUGCCUUUGGAUGACCAGGUGGCCCUGUUGAGAGCUCACGCUGGGGAACACUUACUGCUUGGAGCAACAAAGAGAUCCAUGAUAUACAAAGACAUUUUACUUUUGGGAAACAACUACGUCAUUCAUCGUAACAGCUGCGAAGUUGAGAUCAGUCGUGUGGCCAAUCGAGUUCUAGAUGAGCUGGUUAGACCAUUUCAAGAAAUCCAGAUCGAUGACAAUGAGUAUGCUUGUUUGAAGGCAAUUGUAUUUUUUGACCCAGAUGCCAAAGGGCUUAGUGACCCCAUGAAAAUUAAGAACAUGCGGUUCCAAGUGCAAAUCAGCCUGGAGGACUAUAUCAAUGACCGUCAGUACGACUCCCGGGGCAGGUUUGGGGAGCUGCUACUGCUCCUGCCCACCCUGCAGAGUAUCACCUGGCAAAUGAUAGAGCAAAUUCAGUUUGUGAAACUGUUUGGAAUGGUGAAAAUUGACAAUUUAUUGCAGGAAAUGCUUCUGGGAGGUGCUUCCAAUGAUGGCAACCACCUCCAUCACCCAAUGCACCCACACUUGUCUCAAGAUCCACUAACUGGGCAGACCAUACUUUUAGGUCCCAUGUCAACAUUGGUUCACACAGACCAGAUCUCAACUCCUGAAACGCCCCUCCCCUCCCCUCCCCAAGGCUCUGGACAAGAACAGUACAAAAUCACUGCCAAUCAAGCUUCGGUCAUCGCACACCAGCCCAUGUCCAAACAAAAGUAGCUGUAAGCACAGCACAUGCUCACUCCUGAAGAGCAUUGCAUAAAUGUGAAAGGUUGCUGGACUUCAAGCACUUCAGUAUGGUACUUUUGGCAAACUUUUUAGCCAAGGAUUUUUUAUGGUGUUUUUAUGAGACGAUGUCUUACUUUUCUGUUUGUAAAUUCAUUUUGUUUGUUUCUACUGUGUAAAACUCUUACAUACAAACCAUGUAUAUUGGAGUUCAAAGUUGUUUUUAGUAUAAUGUUUCCAACUGUCACUGCACUGUGCCCAAACCAGAGGGAUAUUAUGUACUGCUUUUAUUUGUUUGCAUAAUAUUAAUUUAAAUCUGUAAAUAAUUUGCUUUAUUGUAAUGUGAUGCAGAACGAACUGUUCUUUUCUUUGGUUUAGAGUAGAUCAGAAAUGUCAGGUUAAUAUGAAAUCAGCCAAGUUAAAAAAUAAAUUAUAAACUUGUAGUGUUGAAGGAGAAAACAAUGCCUGUAGUGUAAAGUGCAUUUCUUUGAGGAAGAGUCACUUGAGGGCAAUCUGUGGCUAAGAAAUACUUCUUGGGCUUAUAGUUAUGUGUGCCUAUCUUUAAUUCUGAAAACAACAAAAGCUAUUUCAAGAAUGAUUGGAUAGUCUUUGAAAUAUGAAUGGAUUUGGAGAUGUAUGCUAAGGUAAAACGUGUUCAUUUUAUCAGCAUACAAGCUAAAGCAUGAAUAACAGCCCUGAAACAAUAGUUCACCCAAAAAAGACAUCCAUUUCCCUGAGCAAUCUCAAAUGUUCCCCAUACACUAGAAAUGAGCCCACCCCACAGCCAGCUUGAAGGGAAGUAAGAACUCCUGUGGAGAUUUGUGUCAAGGCAAGCUCUGUCUGCUGGGAGAACUGGAUACUGGGAAACAAAAUAGUCAUCUAUCACAUCAUGCCUUGUGUAAUACCACCCCACCUCUGGAAGAGAGACUUUAUGAUUUCUUCUGUAAAUAAAUGUUUAGUGUGAGGACUUAUUGGGGCAUAACCAAAGUUCUUAAACCUAGAGUAAGACAGACAUGUGUUAACCCAUCAUUGGUUGAUUUUAAUGAGGUUGUAUAUUUGGAUCAAGGCAAGAAAUAUGAACUUCUUACAGAAUAAUUUUUAAAUACAUACAAAUGACUCUAAUGGUUGGAUACCAUCUAUAGUGUACUUGUAAUAUCUUUUCUAUGAAAGUGAUGCACACAACAUUUUGGCAGUGUAAAGAAGAAACCACUUUUGUACUUUCAAUGAGUCUUCCUCCUAUAUAUUAAAGAACGAAAAAUAUGCUAAGAUAGAUUGUGAUGACUUUGGAGAUUUUCAUGAUUCAGCAGCCUAGGAAUAUUAAAAAAAAAAAAACAAAAACAAUCAAUUCUAGACUGAGUAGAGACAUUAUACUCCCAAAUAAUU